ACUGCAUCCUGUUUAGAAUGACGUCACUUCCGGGCUAGUUUUGUAUGACGUGGGUCAGCACAGGAAGAAGACGCUGCGCCAUGUUGGAACAUCUUCACAUCUUAUGAUAGCUUAUAUCUUUUACUGACAUGUUGGAAUAAUAUUUGUCGCAAGGCUUCUUUCCGCCAGCGCAGAGAUGAGUCCAAGUCUUCAGUCCGAGGAGGACUUCCGACACCUGUGCCAGGUCUUCCUGAAGACGUCCGAUCGGCUGCGCGACGGCUGGAGCUGGGAGCGUGUCCAGGGCUCGGAGGAAGGCUACUUGAAGAAGACCGCUCUCAGGUCGGUCCUCAUCCAGUCGGGAGAUCAGGACCUCAAAGGAUCCGGCUCCGACUCUGAGGACGUCUCAGAGGGCGAUGAUACCGAUACCGCUGCAGAGUCCGAAGGCAGCACUUGUGCGCUUCAGUACGAAUAUCACAUCCUGUACUCGUGCAGCUUCAUGACCCCGGUCUUGUACUUUCGAGCGUCCACUCUGGAGGGGAGGAGCCUGUCCCUGGAGGAGGUCUGGGGUUCCGUCCACCCACACUUCAGGUCCCGCGUGCGGCACAGUCCCCUGACGAGCAUCACGCAGCAGGAACAUCCGGUUCUGGGCCAGCCCUUCUUCAUGCUGCACCCGUGUAAGACGGACCACCUGAUGUCGGCACUCAUGCACUCGGCACAGCAGCAACACAGGCCAGUCAACUACAUGCUGACCUGGCUCAGCACGGUGGGACCCCUGCUGGGCUUGGAAGUCCCCCUGGAGUAUUUGACCCUGCGGCAUCCUUCGUCACCAUGGCAACGCCCCUAAGACUUGUCCACCUUUGUAUUUUUUAUCAGUACAGUUAGCAUGCUAAUGUCAAAAGGCUAACUUUUUUCCUCAUUUUGGUAUUUUUUAGCCCAAUAAUCAUGGUUUCCGUUACUUUGCACCUUCUUAGAAGUAUGCUAGCUCCUCACCAAUUAGCAUGCUAAUGUCAACAUGCUAACAUUUUUCAUAAUUUUGUAUUUUCAACCCAAUAAUCCUGGUUUCUGUUAAUUGGUGCUAGAUCUUCAACAGUUAGCAUGCUAAUGUCAACAUGCUAACAUUUUUCAAAAUGUUUAUAUUUUUUAACCCAAUAAUCAUUGUUUCUGUUUGUUGGCUCUUUUUGAGACAUAUGCUAGAUCUUCACCAGUUAGAAUGCUAAUGUCAACAUUCUAACAUUUUUCCUCGUUUUUGUAUUUUUUUAACCCAAUAAUCAUGGUUUCCGUUACUUGGCACCUUUAAGAAGUAUGCCAGCUCUUCACCGGUUAGCAUGCUAAUGUCAUCAUCUUAACAUUUUUCAUAUUUUUAAAAUUUUUAACCCAACAAUCCUGGUGUUUGUUAAUUAGCGCCCUCUUAGAAGUAUGCUAAGUCUUCACCCCUUAGCAUGCUAAUAUCCACAUGCCAACAUCUUUCUUAAAUUGUUGUAUUUUGAAUCCAAUAAUCAUGGUUUUUGUCAAUUGCCACCUUCUUAGAAGUAUGCUAGCUCUUCACCUUUUAGCAUGCUAAUGUCAACAUGCUUAAAAUUUUCAAAAUGUUUGUAUUUUUUAACCCAAUAAUCCUGGUUUCCAUUACUUGGCACCUUCUUAGAAGUAUGCUAGCUCCUCACCAGUUAGCAUGCUAAUGUCAACAUGCUGACAUUUUUCCAAAUGUUUAAAUUUUUCAACCCAAUAAUGAUGGUUUCUGUUAAUUCCCUCCUUCUUAGAAGUAUGCUACCUCUUCACCAGUUAGCAUGCUAUUGUCAACACGCUAACAUUUUUCCUCGUUUUUGUAUUUUUUUAACCCAAUAAUCAUUUUGUCCGUUACUUUGCACCUUUAAGAAGUAUGUUAGCUCUUCAACAGUUAGCCUGCUAAUGUCAACAUGCUAACAUUUUUCUAAAUGUUUGUAUUUUUUAACCCAAUAAUCCUGGUUUCUGCUAAUUGUCGCCUUCUUUGAAGUAUGCUCAAUCUUCACCAGUUAGCAUGCUAAUGUCAACAUGCGAAUAAUUUUCCAAAUUUUGUAUUUUUAACCCAAUAAUCAUGGUUUCUGUUAAUUGCCUCCUUCUUAGAUGUAUGCUCGCUUCUCACCGGUUAGCAUGCUAAUGUCAACAUGCUAACAUUUCUCUUAAUUUUGUAUUUUUUGACCCAAUAAUCAUGGUUUCUGUUAAUUGGCGCCUUCUUAGAAGUAUGCUAGCUUUUCACCAGUUAGCAUGCUAAUGUCAACAUGCUAACAUUCGCCCUAAUUUUGUAUUUUUAACCCACUAAUGAUGGUUUCUGUGACUUGGCACCUUCUUAGAAGUAUGCUAACUUUUCACCAGUUAGCAUGCUUAAUGUCAACAUGCUAACAUUUUUCCUAAUUUUGGUAUUUUUUCAACCCAAAUAAUCCUGGUUUCUGUUCAUUUGAGCCUUCUUACAAAUAUGUUCGAUCUUCACCAGUUAGCAUGCUAAUGUCAACAUGCUAACAUUCUUCCUAAUUUUGUAUUUUUAACCCAAUAAUGAUGGUUUCUGUGACUUGGCACCUUCUUAGAAGUAUGCUAACUUUUCACCAGUUAGCAUGCUAAUGUCAACAUGCUAACAUUUUUCCUAAUUUUGGUAUUUUUUUAACCCAAAUAAUCAUGGUUUCUGUUAAUUUGAGCGUUCUUAGAAAUAUGCUAUAACUUCACCAGUUAGCAUGCUAAUGUUAAAAUGCUAACAUUUUUCCUAAUUUUGUAUUUUUAAUCCAAUUAUCAUGGUUUCUGUUAAUUGGCGCCUUCUUAGAUGUAUGUUAGCUUUUCACCAGUUAGCAUGCCAAUGUCAACAUGCUAACAAUUUUCCUAAUUUUGGUAUUUUUUUAACCCAAAUAAUCCUGGUUUCUGUUCAUUUGAGCCUUCUCAGAAAUACGCUAGAUCUUCACCAGUUAGCAUGCUGAUGUCAAAUGCUAACAUUUUUCCUAAUUUUGUAUUUUUAACCCAAUAAUCAUGGUUUCUGUUAAUUGGCGCCUUCCUAAAAGUAUACUAGCUUUUCACCAGUUAGCAGGCUAAUGUCAACAAGCUAACAUUCUUCCUAAUUUUGUAUUUUUAACCCAAUAAUCCUGCUUUCUGUUACUUGGCACCUUCUUAGAAGUAUGCUAGAUCUUCACCAGUUAAAAUGCUAAUGUGAACAUGCUAACAUUUUUCCUAAUUUUGUAUUUUUCAAGCCUAUAAUGAUGGGCACAUAGACACAAUCUCACCUGAAAGUGCAUCUUCAAGUUAUGUAUUGCACUGAAGCAUCAUAUUUUAAGUUUUUGCUUCUUUUCUCUCAGACCAUGUUUCUAUUUUUCUUUUCUUUUGUUUGGCUGUCACUCUUGUUUUGUUCAGAUGAAGAUAUUGUUGGUUUAAUGCAUUUUGCUGCUAUUAAAGUCUAUUAAAUGUAAUGUGUUGCGGCAACCACCAGAGGGAGCUGUUCUCCAGAGAAUUGCACUAUUGUAGUUUACCAUUAAAGUUAAUUUUCCUUCA